CUAAUUCUGACAAAUAUUUUUGCCCCUGUCACGUUCUAUGUUCUCGCAGUACUGUGUGUAGAAAGAUUCAUGGCCAUUCGUCUACCCCUCAGAUACCAAGAACUUGUGACACACAAGCGCAUUGCCACUGCGGUAAUCUCAAUUUGGGCUCUAAGCGGACUUUUCUCGCUGCUUAGGUUAUGGACGCCGAAGGUGGUCAUGUACGGAUUUUUUGCCAUGUUUGCGUGUCUUUGUUAUAUGGCUGCCACUUGGUUUAGUGUCAGAAUUGUUUUGCUGGUGCGAAAGCAAAUAAACGUUAUUCACGUUCUACAAGGACCUCAAGUAGCCCAGAGCAGUCAAAUGGCCCACGUUAUCAGAUUGCGCAAGUUUGCGAUCGCAUCGGUCUACCUGUAUGUCAUUUUUCUGGUUUGCUAUUUGCCAAAUACUUGUGUUUUAUUUGCUAUCGCUUCCAAUGGACCAAGCACAAGCUUAAGGCAUUUGCAGUUUUUUACUAUGACACUUGUGUUUCUUAAUUCAACCCUUAAUCCGUUGAUUUACUGCUGGAAGAUGAAAAACAUCCGACACACCGUCGUUGACAUGCUGCGACACACUUUCUCAAGCUUCAGCCGCCCAACUGAGGAAAGUUGA